UCUUUGCUGGUUGUCACACUUUUCCCGACAACCGCAAGUGGACGGAGAAACUGCUGCGUUCUUCACUUUUAUCGUGUUUUUCCUCUUUUUUUUUUAUCCUCAAAAAGUUGCCCGACCUCGAGCAAAUAUGUGGACUUGGCGUCCGCGGGAAGAGCAGGGCCGCCCUGCUCCGGGCUGCCGCGGCUGCUGAGCAUGCUGGCCAAGGCCCCGCCUACGACCAGCAGACUCGACCUGGUGAACGCCGAAAGUUCGGACCCGGCGGCGGCUGACGGAAUCAAGAUGGCCGACUUAGUGGAGAGCUUGGAUGCCCGGGAGUUGGACAUCGACGAUGGGGAGGAGGUGGACUAUGACGGAAACUGCCUAGAGGACUGCCGCAUCCCGUUCUCGGCCGUGUACGCCACGGUGGGCUUCAAAGAGGCCAGCGCCAGGGUCUUCCUUCCCACGGUGCCGGUCACCGCCUGCAUCCUGGAGGUGGAACGCUUCACGUCGGCGCAGGAUCGCUUCAACCUGUCGCAGAACAGGAGUGUCAAUAAGUCUCUGCCCGCCGUGUUCAAGAUCGAGAUGAAGCACGGCGAGUUCACGUGGGUGGUGAAGAGGAAGGAGAAGCACUUUAUGGAGCUGCACCGAGAGCUGAGAACGUACAAGACCUUCAUGAGGAUACCGCUGCCGUCGCGCAGCCACACGGUGAAGAGGAGGACGGUGAGGAAGAGCGAGGUGAGGGAGAUGCCCUCGCUGCCUAGGGCGGGAGGAGACGAGCUGGUGCGCGACGAGCAGGUUUCCAGCAGGCGGAGACAAUUGGAGGACUAUUUGAACAAGCUGCUGAAGAUGGCUUUGUACCGCAAAUAUCAUCACACCAUGGAGUUCAUCGACGUCAGCCAGCUGUCUUUCAUUCACGACCUGGGCCCCAAAGGACUGGAAGGGAUGAUCCACAAGCGCUCCGGGGGCCAUCGCAUCCCCGGCAUGAACUGCUGCGGUCACACUCAAGCCUUCUACCGCUGGUCCAAACGGUGGCUGGUGGUGAAGGACUCGUUCCUGCUGUACAUGAAGCCCGACUCGGGGGCCAUCUCCUUUGUGCUGCUGGUGGACAAAGAGUUCAGCAUCAAGAUGGACUCCAAAGACACUGAGACCAAGCACGGGGUCAGGAUUGACAGCCUUUCCAGGACGCUGGUGUUCAAAUGCAGCAGCUACCGACACGCCCGCUGGUGGGGUCAGAGCAUCGAGAGCUUCGUCAGGAAUCACGGCAAGGCCUUCCUGCGGGCUCACCGCUUCGGCUCCUUCGCGCAGGAGCAGGAGAACGUUCCUGCCAAAUGGUACGUGAAUGGAAAGACUUACAUGGAGGACGUGGCCGAUGCCUUGGAGGAGGCCAGAGAGGAAAUCUUCAUUACUGACUGGUGGCUGAGUCCGGAGAUCUUCUUGAAGAGACCUGUGGUGGAGGGAAACCACUGGAGGCUGGACUGCAUCCUCAGGCGGAAAGCCCAACAAGGAGUGCGUGUCUUUGUGAUGCUGUACAAGGAAGUGGAGCUGGCCUUGGGCAUCAACUCGGGCUACAGCAAGAGAACCCUCAUGCACCUGCACCCCAACAUCAAGGUGAUGCGCCACCCGGAUCACGUGUCGUCCUCCGUCUACCUGUGGGCGCACCACGAGAAGAUCGUGGUCGUCGACCAAUCGGUGGCCUUCGUGGGCGGGAUCGACCUGGCGUACGGCCGCUGGGACGACCGGGAGCACCGGCUGACGGACGUCGGCAGCGUGACGCGCUCCGUGGCGCUCGAGCAGGCCGCUUCCGCCAAGGCUCCGCCCAGCAAGGGGCCUCCCCCUGUCGUCGGAGCGUCGCAAAGCAACGGACGGGGGACCCCCACCGGAGACCCCGCGGACCUCCCCAAGCUGAAGGGCGUCGGGCGCAGCCGGCGCGCCCGCUUCAGCUUGUAUCGACACCUCCACAAGCACGCCAUGCAGCACGGAGACAGCGUCAGCAGCGUGGACAGCUCGGGUGCCGCAAACGUUCAGUCGGCGCCGCUCGCGACCCGGUUUCUCCGCCCCGCUUUGCGCCUGAACGCGAAUACGCGCGUGUUUGUGUUCACAGGGAGCGGCUCGGUGCGAAGCCUCAAAACGGGUGUGGGAGAGUUGCAGGGAAACACUCGCUUCUGGCACGGAAAAGACUACUGCAACUUUGUCUACAAGGACUGGAUCCAGCUGGAAAAACCCUUUGAUGACUUCAUCGACCGCUACACCACUCCCAGAAUGCCGUGGCACGACAUCGCCUCGGCGGUGCACGGCAGAGCCGCCCGUGACGUGGCCCGCCACUUCAUUCAGCGUUGGAACUUCACCAAGAUCAUGAAGCCAAAGUACCGUUCUCUGUCUUACCCGUUCCUGCUGCCAAAGUCUCACUCCAGCGCAACCGAGAUCCGAUACCAAGCGCCCGACUGUGUGCAUGCCAAAGUGCAGGUUUUGCGGUCAUCGGCCGAUUGGUCGGCCGGGAUAAAGUACCACGAGGAGUCCAUCCACAAUGCGUACAUCCAAGUCAUAGCCAAGAGCAAACACUACAUCUACAUUGAGAACCAGUUCUUCAUCAGCUGCGCCGACAACCGGACGGUGUACAACAAGAUCGGCGACGCCAUCAUCGAGAGGAUCCUCAGAGCGCACAAGGAGGGCAAGAAGUACCGCGUGUACGUGGUGACCCCCCUGCUUCCCGGCUUCGAGGGGGACAUCACCACCGGCGGGGGGAACGCCAUCCAGGCCGUCAUGCACUUCAACUACAGAACGAUGAUCCGAGGGGACUACUCCAUCAUUUCGCAGCUGAAGAAGGAGAUGGACGACCAUUGGAUGAACUACAUCUCCUUCGCCGGCCUCCGGACGCACGCCGAGCUGGAAGGCCGCCUGGUGACGGAGCUCAUCUACGUGCACAGCAAGAUGCUCAUCGCUGACGACAACACCGUCAUCAUCGGCUCUGCCAACAUCAACGACAGGAGCAUGCUGGGUAAGCGCGACAGCGAGGUGGCGGUCAUCGUGGAGGACGUGGAAAAGGUGGCUUCGGUGAUGGACGGAGACGAGUUCCAGGCCGGCCCGUACGCGCUCGGGCUGCGUCUCGAGUGCUUUCGGACGAUCCUGGGCGGGCACGGCGACGCCGCCAUCGAUCUCUCCGACCCCAUCAGCGAACGCUUCUACAAGGAGGUGUGGAUGACCACGGCGGGCCGCAACGCCACCAUUUACGAGAAGGUGUUCCGCUGCCUGCCGUCCUCGCUGGUGCGCAACAUGUCCGAGCUGGAGCAGUACCAGUCCAAGCCCGGCCUGGCUCAGACCGACCUGAGCCGCGCUCGGGAGGAGCUGCGCAAGAUCCGCGGCUUCCUGGUGCAGUUUCCUCUGGACUUCCUGUCGGAGCACAACCUCAUGCCCUCGGUCGGGACCAAGGAAGCCAUGGUGCCCACCGAGAUAUGGACCUAGAACUUUUUUUUUUUUUUUGAAGCCGGAUACCGGGACGCUAUCUCGCCUUCAUGCGACGGCACUUCCUGAGAAUGCCAGAAAAAUGGCAGACUUUUAUUUUGUAGGUACACGCUUACCAAAUUUCAUGUCCCGGCGAGCAAAAGGGCCACUUGGGGCUGAAUUUUCAGAAACAUUUGCGCACAUAAUUUAUUUGAGCCGCCAUAAUAGAAAAGUUUUAUGGACUGCAGCCUAAUUUGUGACGUCAUGGCUGCCGAACGUGCUGUCACAUCCCAGUCGGAAGAGACAAUCUUUUUCCGCAUGUAAUUCCAUAUUUUCCUCUGGAGGUGGUGCUGUUUUCUUACAAGUGUAGAUUGGACACUUUAUUUUUUUUUUUUUCCCCAAAAUUGCACUUCCAGAUAUUUUUCUUCGUAUUUUAAGAAAAUGCUCUCUUGUAAAUCGACUCAUUUUAUUGUUCUUAAUAUUUGUAUUAAUGCUGAAUACCGAAACGUAAACAUUUCAUACCAGAACGAAAGUUGAGAACCACUUUUGUUAUUUUCCAAUGUUUGCAGGUAGAACUUCAAUGUGUAAAUAUGUAUUCGGUGUACGUCUGCUUUGAAGAUGCUGGAAGUUCAUUAUUCAUACCGGUAACAAUAAUUCACACGUAACAUUUUUUUUUUUUUUUUUUUGACAGGGACCAUUGACUUUAUAAUUUUUCAACCUUCAGGUUCGCCUUUUACAGUUUUACUCGUACUGUAGUCUGAAUUGUACUUACAUAUGACAGUAAUAAUCUUCGUGUAUGGUGAGUCAGCUGCUUGGUACAAAUUAAAAUUUUUAUGAUGUAAUAACAACAACCGUAUAUGUCUAACGUCUUGGGCUCUUCGGUCCCGUGUGUAAUUUGUUCAAUUCACUGUACUCUCUUUAAACGGAUAACCAAUAAAAAAUAAUCACUUG